AUGCAAUGCCUGGCCGUACUAGCUACACUUCUCGCCCUCACCUCCGCAGCCGCAGCCGUGUUGGAACCUCGCCAGACUACGGCCUGUAAUAACUCACCCGAUCUGUGUUCCAGAUCAUACUCUGCAAUCACCCAUCUCGGUGCUCAUAACAGUCCUUUCCUCCGCGAUGCCUCCACGAGCUUCUCUACGUCCGGCAAUCACUAUUUCAAUUCUACGAUUCAACUCGACGCUGGCGUUCGGAUGUUGACGGCCCAAGUCCAUCGGUCAGACCGAGGAUGGCUGCUUUGCCACACGUCGUGCGAUCUGAUGGAUGCUGGCUUGCUCAGUGACUGGCUAGGCGAGGUUAAAAUAUGGAUGGACAACAAUCCGUCAGACGUUGUUUCGCUUCUCCUGGUCAACUCUGAUAAUGCAACACCUGGCGACCUCGCUACGGAGUUUACCAGAUCGGGAAUCACAGAAUACUCCUAUACCCCACCUUCAUCGACUGCCCCUCAGAUUACCUGGCCCACGCUACAGGACCUCAUCUCCGCCAACACUCGUCUGAUGACCUUCGUUGCCUCACUAAAUCCCAGCCAAGUCGAUAGCACUAACGCGUAUCUCAUGGAUGAGUUCACAUUCAUCUUCGAGACCGCUUUUGAUAAUACCGAUCCGAGCAACUUCACCUGCACGGCCGACCGCCCGUCUAGUCUUCGUGGCCGGACUGCAGAAGCCGUCUCCUCUGGUAGAAUGCCACUGCAGAACCAUUUUCUCUACGAUACCCAGCUAUUUGGCAUUGAAGCUCCCGAUGAGGCGAACAUCACAAGCACGAAUGCACCAGCCGACAGACCAGGCAAUAUGGGUGACGCAGCAGAGGCCUGCCGGAGGGAAUGGGCUAAGCCACCGGUCUUUAUCCUAGUUGAUUUCUUUGAUCAGGGGCCCGCCAUUGCAACAGUCGACCGGUUGAAUGGUGUCACAAAUCCGAUAGGGCGAACUCCGCCUCCAGCAAGAGAUACGAUGACCAGUGGCGCAGGCAGCUCGCGCGCCUUGCCCCUGGGCUUGGUCACCCUUGUGAAUCAAGUCAAAAAUGGUGCCAAUCCGAAUCUGGGGGAAUGGAUAUGGGCUGCUGCAGAUUGGAGUAAGACUUUGGGCGGUUGGGAUACAAGCCCAUGA